GUAUGCGUGGCGCCCUCCGUUGUCACGCGGGCGAAGUAAACUAGCAAUUUGGCGAGUACCAGCGGCACCGACCAGGGUAGCCCACGAUUGGUAGUGACCUUGUUUGGCAUAUGAAUUCGCCCUCACGUGGCCGCUACGUGUCGCCGCAAAUAUGAAAGGCCAUGUAAGGUGACACAGCGACUGUAUUUUCUACCCUUGGAAAUCAAUAAAAGGGCUUAUUCCUGACUCUCCUUUGGUGUCUCACUCACCAGGAGGAGGCAAUAUUUAGGCAAGGAAGAUGAUUAACCGAGAAAUGCUUGCAAAAGCAACCCUCAACAAUGCGUCAUCGAGACAAGUUCCAACUCGCACCGAGAUUCGUCUGCCACCUGGUGUUUCCUUAACGAGCACACCUAUUCCAGUUCAGAUGACUAGAAAUAAUCAUGUGACUGUCACGCUGGAUGGCACAACAAGCGUGCGAAACUUGUUGCAACAACAUGCCAGGCCUUACGAUGACUCGCUUCUUCGACGUCAACUGAACAAAUCGGCUGUGGGUCCAGCAGCAGCAGUGGGAACAGCAGUAGCAACUAGCAAGGGCCAACCUAUCAUCGACAAGAGCCUACUUGCCCAGCACCUAACGCAGAAAAACAAUGAGCUUAAAGUCAUUGAGUUAGCCCCCAAUGAAAAAGUGCGGGUGUUAAGAACGUCUGGCGGGACAGUAACAGUACGCUCGCUCAGUCCGGUGUCUGCACCCUUCAGGGUACAUACAGAACAAGUGAGGCCCCCUCAUAGCAUAGUUCAGACCGAACCACUUAGUGCGCCUCCCGGCAGUGUAGAACAUGGUAUCCCUAAUAAUCUGGAGCAGAGGAGAGCACCACCAUCAUCGCCUGUCGUGAAUGCACCUAUCAUCGCACCGCGCAAAAUAUUACCCAAGCCCGUGCACAGCCUGUCGUUCGUGGCCAAUGGGGGCCGUGUUCAUCAGAAUCCACCUGUGGUUUCUGUUCAGAAUGCUACCACAAGAGUGAGGCUCGUCGACCCUCCCAUUCAUGCCGCUCCUAAUGAUGUGAUCACUGGUCUCAAGAACAUGGCCGUAGUUCAUCCCCAGGUACGGCCUGCCAUGUCUAUGAAACCCAUUGGCGCUGACGAACUAGCGAAAGAGGCACAGCUGUCAAAAGCAGCUGCUCAAAAUGUGGCCGCCAAUAUGACACAUAAAAUUGCGCAGCCAAGCACCACAGCAGCUGCUGCUGCUGCCGGGCAGAGGGCCCUUUUGGAGCCAAAUCGAGUUGUCCCGGUGUCAAUCCAGCGAAGUGUUCCCCGAUCUAAUGUACAGCGGGUAGACGAAGAUGAAAGCAAGAAGUCCAAAAUGAUUAUUGUGGAUCUCACAGAGCCCAUGGAGACAUCUCCAACUACCAAGCAAGCUUCAGCAACUGUAAACACCCCGGCCGAACCCACAUUGUCAACACAUCCCUCUGUGGCAGAUGAGCCUCUUCCACUUGAGGCGGGCUGCCUCCAAGUGCCAUCGGGCCUCAAAGUGGACUUUAUCAACUUAGACGACUUGUUAAUAGGCGACCUAAGCUAUCUAGCCAAAUACUUUGGCCAGAGCAUACUGGAGCCCCUAUCUAUGGACGAUAUUGCCAACAAGGGUCUGUCAGAGUGGAUAGAUAUCUCGGAUGAGGCCGAAGUGGAGAAACUGUUUGUGGAGCUGAAGGCUUUGAAUGGAAGCAGCGGUCAGCAGCUUUGCUGGUCUAAUCAAAUGACACCAGAAAGUUCAGACAUUGCGUAUCCAAUCAUAGUACCUGAAUAUGAAGAGCUCGAGACCUUUAAUCUCCUGGCUGAUGUCACUUCACCGGCAACGACUGUGCAGGCAGCUGAUGGAAAGGCCUCUCCAGUAGGCACGAGCCAUAGUCCAAGGGGCACCAAAGAGGGCACCACUAAGAGCCCUCUCAUCUUGAUCAUCAAGAAGGGAGCCAAUAGCAGUGCUUCAAGUCCAGCAUGGCAGCUGUCCCCACGCAAUAGUAGCACUGCAAAGGACGAAAAAGAGGAGACCAAGGCACUUUUCUGCACUGCGCUGAACCUGUUACCAAGUUCGGGAGAGCAGCUGAAGAAAAUGCGCAAGGGAAAGUCCGCCCGUGCUUUGGCUGUUCUGAAAGACAAAGUGAUGUCAGAGUACCUCAAAAACCAUUUUGUGCCACUCCAUCGUGUGCAGGGAAUGUACCGGUAUUUGUUCAAGAAGGGGCACCUACGGGAGGGCAAGUUGACGUAUGCCUGUGAAGUAUAUCGGAACCUACGGAGCCGAGAGAACCGGCCAAGGGCAUCUAUGGUCAUCUCGCGAUAUGACGAGGAAGACUUUACUGCCAAAAAGACACAACCAUCAUCUCCAGGCCUUCUUUGGCACUUGAAGAAGAAAGUUACCUCCAAAUAUGAAAGGGACGAGGAUUAUGUCCCAAGAAAAAGUCAAGCCAAUGGCCAGAAACUUCGGCGCCGCCUGUGGGGCCGACCAAAAGGCUCCUGGAGGACGGGGGCAGCUAACAGCGACAACAGCAGCAAUAGCAGCACACCAUCUGCGGAAGCUGCCCCAAACAGUCUAACAGUUUACUGCACGCCACUGUACAAGCUGGAGGCAGGCAACUGGACUCCGAAGUGUUCCGCAGACGACUCUUGUCGAUGGGACAUCUGGGUCUCGGAGAACUCGCUCGAGAACAAGAUGUCAUGUCCUAUUCCAAUGGUGGUCCUGACCAGAAUUGAAGACGGCGAUGCAGAUUCUGCAGGGACUUCCAAGGAUGAGUCGCCACAGCGCACAGUGGUGUCCGAAUUGUUCUGCAGCCAGUGUUCGUACAGCUGUCUGAACAAACCUUCCCUGGUGAACCACUUCUCUUCCAAGCAUAAGGGAACAGGCGUCUCCUUUAAGACUGUAGUCAUGAAGUGCCGCAUAAAUAGGAGUGCAUCUACUGCUAAGGGUUCAUCUACGUGACCGAUGAAAAGAAAGAAAAAAAAAACUGUGAACCAGCACUCCGUAUGCCGGCGUUAUGCAUCAGCAGCGAUGCGACUCUUGCCGGCACGCCUUCCCCUGGUGCUUGUGGAGCAGGCAUUUGAGUUGCCUGUAUUGUUCCACCACACUGCCAGUUAGCUAUUUAUGACACAAGAACUGUCAAUCGGGGGAAUGUGUGCACCUUUAGAGAGCCACUGUAGAAUAGAUGUUACAGUUCUUUAUUUUGUGCUGUUAAGCCACUCACGUCGUGUGUAUAUUUUGAGCAUUAACAAUGUCCGCGGUUAUGUAGCCAUCAUUUCUGCGACAACGUAAAUAAGUUAUGUAUUCUCGAUUUAAUGCAUGAGCUAUAGCAGGGUUGCAUCUUUGUAAUGCACUGUUAUGGUAUUCAUAUACAGUAGACUCUCAGUAAGCGGAAAUCUGUUUAAUGGAAUUGCUGCUUAAAUAGAACAAAUGCUUCUGACAAGAUUUGUUUCGUUCUCGCAUUGUGUGCCCCUGUUCAUCUCUCAGUAACCAGAGCUCCUGUUAAACGGAACACAUUUUACUGGUUCCUUCAAGUUCCGUUUAAUAACAGUCUACUGUAUAUCGUUUCAACUAUGUGCGGCAGCAAGAGCUACGGUGUAAGCAAUAAGUUUAUACGUAGUCAUUGACUGCUGAUUCUAGAUUCAUCAACCAUUUUGCAGAGUGAGUUCGAGGGGCUCUGAUGCAGUGGGGAUUGUAUAAUAUUACUAGUGUCUCAUUUGUUCAGUCAUAUUUCGCUUUUCAUGCACGAGAAAUCAAUCAUCCCUUUUGUUGCAUUUUCAGCUAAUUGAAUGUUAUUUGUACUGUAUCUUGAGUGAAUUUAACUUGUGUCGUUUACAGUGAGCUAUUUUUUUCAUGGUAUUGCGCAUUCUUAUUGUGAACAUCGUACGGCUAAGCUCUUCAGUGUUGCAACAUACACUGAAGCCUCAUAAUAACAAAGUUGCAUUUUACAGUAAAAUAAGUUUGUUUAUUCAAAUAUUCAUCAUAAAGGUAUGUUUGUAACACUAUAUUCACUGCAAGACUAUUCUUCAUUUACUUUGUUAUAAUUGAUAGUUUGUUAUAUCUGGGUUCGUUGGAGGUUUGAGUGUACUGCUUUUUGCAGACCAUCUGUUUUUUUUUUUCUAUAAUGUUUUCCUAAUUGUCAUAAGUGGGCCAGUUGUCCCUGUUUGUGGAAAGUUCACCAGCCUGUCUAAAAGGAACCUGUAGUGAGUUUAUUUGCAAGAAGUUGAGCACUACUCUUGCAACCUUAAGUGGUGUCCUUGCACUAGAUACACUCUGCCUGAGGCUACCUGUCAGGUCAACCGGCAAAAAGCUACCAGUACUGCCAUGUCAUCUGCAAGGCAUGACAUGCAAGACAAGACAUGAAAUGGUGACUUAAGCGAUGACCACCUGAUCGUAUCGCCAUCACUCGUAAAUGUUUCACGAGAAAAAACACUGGUAGAGGGAAGCGUUGAGAGCUUACGUGCUGUACACAUUGUUUGGCUAACAUACUGUGUUUGCAUUAAUCUGCCAUGUAGGAAUGGCCUUUCGCAAAAUUUGAAAAAAUAAAAGUUGCAAUAAAUGAGAAAAGUGGGGCUAGUACGCCUUGCGUGGGUAGCUGUGAA